CGCUGCGUUUCACUUUGGAGACGGAGGAGGGGGGAGCGUGAGAACGAGGACAGGUGGGCUCACUUCCACGCCUGCUUACGGAUUGUGUCCUCAUUCUCCCUCCCCGUUCUUUUACUUAGUAGGGCCGGCUAUUCCCAACCUUCUGCACCGGAAAGCCAUUUAUCGCCUUCUAAGCAAAAACCUGACGACAGCGGAAGCUUAUAAGGCUUUUGGGCUGGACUCGAGCUGCCUACGCAGCCCAGAAGCGAGCUUGGGGAAACAGCAAUACACGAGCCUCCGUGUUUGUGUCAUGUGGGUGGGUGAGCGCGCGCGCGCUCUGUGCCUCGGGCCCCGCCAGCUGCCCUAGGGGGCGCGUGUGCGCUCUUUUCGCGUCUAGGCAACGAGCAGAGGGCUCGGCUCGGCGGAGGAAGCUUCAGCUGCGCCUUGCCUGCCAGUGCGCGAGGCCGCUGCCUGAACCGAGGCGCAGGGCAGGUGCUGAGAGGAUUUGCGCGGCCAGCCCCGUUGCCGCCGCCUGUGGGGCGAGCAUGUCCGCGCCCUGUUGCGCGGGCCAGUUGGCCUGCUGCUGUGGUACUGCUCCAUGUUCGCUCUGCUGUAAAUGUUGUCCAAAGAUAAAGCAGUCCACUAGUGCCCGCUUUAUGUAUGCGCUGUACUUCAUCUUAGUGACUGUCAUCUGUUGCAUCAUGAUGUCAAAGACAGUAGCAAAAGAAAUGAAAGAGCAUAUUCAAUUUUAUGACACAAUAUGCCAACGUAUUCAGGCAGGUGACUCCUGUGAGAAGCUGGUGGGCUACUCUGCAGUUUAUCGAGUGUGUUUUGGAAUGGCCUGUUUCUUCUUCAUUUUCUUCUUACUCACAAUCAAAAUUAACAAUAGCAAAAGUUGCCGUGCAUAUAUUCACAAUGGAUUUUGGUUUAUUAAACUUCUAAUCUUGGCAGCCAUGUGCUCAGGAGCCUUUUUCAUUCCAGACCAGGAUAACUUUCUUAAAGCAUGGCGCUAUGUAGGUGCUGUGGGAGGGUUCGUCUUCAUCCUCAUUCAACUUAUUCUGCUAGUAGAAUUUGCCCACAAAUGGAAUAAGAACUGGACAUCUGGCACAAGGCACAAUAAGCUCUGGUAUGGCUCCUUAGCUCUUGUGACUCUCAUUUUGUACUCCGUCGCUGUUGGAGCUCUGAUUGUGAUGGGUGUCUUUUACACUCGUGCUGAUGGCUGCACUUUUAACAAGAUCCUGCUUGGCGUCAAUGGUGGCUUGUGCUUGCUUAUUUCAAUGGUAGCCAUCUCACCCUGGGUCCAGAACCGUCAGCCACAUUCUGGCUUGCUGCAGUCAGGCAUUAUCAGCUGCUAUGUCAUGUACCUCACCUUCUCAUCUCUUUCAAGCAAACCACCAGAAACUAUCCUAGAUGAGAAUCAGAAGAACAUCACAAUCUGUGCGCCUGAUUUUAACCAUGGGCUUCAAACAGAUGACAACUUGGUGACGGGACUGGGUACUGCCAUCCUGUUCUGUUGCAUUUUGUAUUCUUGUUUGACCUCAACAACGCGUGCAAGUUCUGAAGCAUUGAGAGGAAUCUAUGCAACGCCGGAAACUGAAGUAGCUCGCUGCUGUUUCUGCUGUACUCCAGAUGCAGAUGCUGAUGUUGAAGAACCUGUUGGCAGAAAGGGUGGCCAGAGAGUAAUUUAUGAUGAAAAGAAAGGAACUGUGUACAGCUAUGCCUACUUCCACUUUGUUUUCUUCUUGGCUUCUCUCUAUGUGAUGAUGACUGUUACCCACUGGUUUCAUUAUGAAAAUGCUGCAAUUGAAAAAUUCUUUGCUGGAACAUGGUCAAUAUUCUGGAUUAAGAUGGCUUCCUGUUGGGUGUGUGUCCUCCUGUACCUGUUGACUCUUCUGGCUCCUUUCUGCUGUCCAACUAGAGAAUUCUCGGUGUGAAGCAGCUUCUGUUACAAGUCCAGCAGUUUAGGGAAUGGCAAAAUAAAUCUGUGUACUACCUAUCCUAACAGUGAUGGUUAGGAUACUACUUACUCUCAUAUGAAACUGUAUGUUUAAAGAUUUUUUUAAAUUUUUUAAUUUACAUUAUCUGAAUUAAGACAGCCUGGAGGAAGACAUUAAGUCAGAACUGGUACCUUACUCUGGAACUCAAGUUAUGGAUAACUGUUAAACAUAAUUGGUUUUUUAAAAAAGGUUAAAUUAUGAACGGUCUAUCGUGCAGAUAUUUUGUAUUCUCUCUGUAAAAUGCAAAAUACCUCUUUGUACAAGGCAAAAAGCCUUUUUUCUAUUUUCCUUAUGCGGUUCUUGCAGUAAGACUGAUGCUGACAUGUUACAGUCCUCACAGACAUUGAUCCCCAUUUUUUGUUCGCAAAUAAACCAAAUGCAUAGAUAGAAUUACAAAAUGGAACUUUAAACUUGACUAGGAUGAAGAUGUUGUCAUGGAUGGGAAUGACAUCAGGUCAAGAGUUUCUUUUUCUAUAUUAUAUCCUCAUAGUAAAUUAUUGCAAAUGUAGAUUGUGGAUGAAAAGGAUUUGUGAGUAUAGAAAUAUUUAUUUAUGCUAUUAAUGAAAGGCACCUUUAUGAAUCACUGGGUCACAUGAUGUGGAAUCUGAAAAUUUGACUGGGAUGCGAGACACUGUAAGCGCUGGUGCAAUUAGCAGUUAUGAGCCACUCUGGGAGUGAAUGCAUCUAAUAAAAUAUUCAGAACAGUGCAAGUCUGCCUAUAGGUAUCCUAAUAAGUCUGAAAAGUUUUCUUUUUUUGCAAGAGCUGUAAAAUAAAUACAGGCAUACCCCGCUUAACGUCGCUUCACUUAACGUCGCCUCGCUAUAACAUACAUGCUUCAUAUGCCACCAUACUCCGCUUAACGUACGCGCGCUUCACAAUACGGACACUUAAUGGCAUGACGCCGCUGCCAUCUAGUGGCAAUUGCAGUGCAGUACAUGCAUAGAUAAUUGCUUCACUUUAAGUACAUUUUCACUUUACAUACACGUUCUGGUCCCAUUGCAUACGUUAAAGCGGGGUAUGCCUGUACAACUUGUAAUCUAUUUAAAACUGUGAUCUAAUGAAGUAAAAAGCAGGAUUUAAGAAAUUAAUUAAUGAUGUGUAUUGUAAAGUAACCUUAUCCUGAAAAAAAUGGGAAUGUUCAGCAUUUAUUUACAACUUUUUUUGAUCCAUCACUUCUUAGAUCACAGACUUCAUCCCUAAAUAUGUUUUGAUGUAAUUAUUUUUAAAUGUAAUUAUGGGUAGAAAUUACAAGGGGACAAAGCAUUUUUUACUCAUUGUAAUAUCUGGGUUCUUGAAAACUGCAUUUUUAACUCCUAACUAAACUUAAGCGUGAAGACCAUGUCUUUCCCAUGCGUGCCAAAGUCCACUUUAGAGAUUCCUUCAUCACCAUAAUCAGAACUAGCUUUUUAAAAGCUCCUCAUAUAUGAGAGGACUAAUGUUCCAAGAGGAAACUGUUGGGUCAUAACUCCUGAGUCACACAAAGCAUGCAAUCCUAUGCACUCUUACCUUGAUGUAAGGCCCAUAGAAUAAAAUGGGAUUCAAUUCUGAGUAAAUAUGCCUAGAAUUGCACAAUUUUUAAUCACUUAUCCAAGGGCAAGCAUGCUUCAGAUGGCUUCUUAGGUGGAUAGACACGUUCACUUCCUUUUAAAGUUAAUACAUGCAAAUGUCUCAGAUUAAAAUUAAUUACUGGAAAUCAUUUAAGUAAAAACAUCCUGCUAAGUUAGCUAUGGUAUCUAGAUGGAUAUGUUGCAGUAAAAAAAAAUUCAAGGUAACUUAAUAGGUAAAAUAAAAGAUGCAUUUGUAGUGACAGUGUUGCCUUCCUUGGAAAUGCUCUCAUGCUUUGGCUAUUGUAUUAACGGCAACAGCUGCUUUCAUUUAACGUUUCCUGAUAAUUGGAGAUGGCAGUGACAGAAGAAUUCCAACUUUCAGAGCAAUAAAGUUCUUGCAGUUCUCUCCACUACCAAGGUUUGAACCAACAGAUAUCACCUUUCCUGUUUUAUCUCACUCAGAUUAUUUAGUUCCUUAUUUAUUCCUUUCCCUAGUAAUUUUUGUAGGCCUUGGUGAGCUGUAUAGUGCUGGUUGCUGUACUUACAUAUAUUGGAGCUGCACAUACCAGUGUUAGUAAGGUUGAGUGUUCUGAGGCAGAAAGCAUCACUGACGUCCCAAGCAGCUUAAUAAGAGAAAUUGGCUAAAUAUAGCCAAUUAGGAGAAGCCCACUUUUUUUUCACACCAGAGCUUAGUGACACCUGGCUUUAGUAUAAUGAAUUCAGCUUCUGUGUUUAAAGCUGGGGUGGCUAUCCUAUUGGACUCCAGUCCCCAUCAGGUCCAGCUAGCUUGGCCAAUAGUGAGGGAUGAUGGGAGUUGUGGUCCAGCCACAUCUGGAGGGCUGGAGGGUAGCAACCUUUGGUUUAAAGAGGGGGACAAAACCUUCUUUUGAACAUCUGUCUCAAUGUUUUCCCAAAUUUCCUGGGAAUUUGUAUGUGUCUAAUCACAUAGAAAAACCUUCGCUGUGUCAAGCACGCCUUUUCUAAUUCAUGCUACCUUAAUUAUAUUCUGGGCAUUGGACUACUGUGAUUCUGUGAACCCCUAGAUCUCAAUAGUGUCUUAAUAGUAAAUGUGAUUGAAAAUGUAUGGGGCUGUCAUUUGCUCAAACAUUUGAGAGCGGUACACACAUUGGAAGAGCUUUAAGGCUUAUUAGUAGGAUAAUAUCUUGCCUCUUGAGUGUGCUCAAAAAGGCAGCUGGAAUAAGCUCAGGAAGAGAAAAUGGUGCUACUGUUUAAAAGUGACCUUUAUCAUCUCCAGUUCUUACUAAAAUUAUUAUUUGGAGACUUCACUAGUCUCUGUAUUCUGAUGUUUGGAGAGAGAAAAGUGAAUCCUUUAAUGCAACAAAUUGUAAAUACAAAUGGCAAAGAGAGAUAAAAAAUGCUGGUGCUGUUAUGACCCUGCCAAAGGGAAUCCCAGGGACCAUUUUAAAAUGUACUGAAUUUCUUACGCUACUGACACCCUUCCCUUCUUAGUAAUUUGUCUUUGUACUUUAUAAUCUGAGGGACAGAAUUCUGCAAGUAAUAAGGCCUCAUUCAUGUAGAGGAGUCAAAAGGUGGCAAAGAUAUGUCUAAUUAUUUACUGCCCAUUUAUUGAGUGAUAAUUGAGGUGGGUAUUGGGUUAUUCAUUUUACCACAUACCUUUUAAAGGCCUUAAAUCCACUGACCUUACUAAUAUUUGUGGCCGAUAAUGCAGCAUACACUGUUGUGCUAGUUAGUGCAUUAUCAAGAAAUUAUAUUCUGAAUUCUUAAAUCCUAUACAAUUAGUUUUUCCUUUAAAGUUGAUAUGAGUAUAUUAACUGCUGUAGUUCAUAAGUCAUGUAAACAAGAUGUGUAAAACAUGUACAUUGUCAAAUUUUAAAUCUUUCCAGCAUUGAAUUGCCUGCUUUAGAUCAACUUUAGUUGAAGGUUUGAGCUACAGCAGCACUGAAACUGCCUGUUUUUGCCAAAGAAUGAUGCUACAGAAAUCAACAAUAUUGUGAAAAAGGUAGAGUCAAAUUUAUGUAAUGUUGCACAUAAAUCUUAAAUUUUAUUUUACUCUUCAUGAAAUAAAUGUUAAACUAUUAAAUGUUUCAUGGCAGUGUUUGAGAUCAUGCUGUAUAGUAAAGGAAGUAUGGUACACAAUUGAUUAGGAAGUUCUUUUGAACAAGCUCUGUUUGCAUGAAUGGCAGCUAUGCAAGAGCUCAGAUUCCAUUCCAUACCCAUUCAUUUCAAUGGAGCUUGCACAAAACUUCCUGGUGGGUUGUAGCUAGUCUUAUAAGCAGCCCUUUCUCUCUUCAAAUGUACUACCAACUUUUAAUAUAACUACAUAAAUAAUUGUUCCUUUUUAUUUACAAUGUUUUUUCAUACUAGUUUUAAAGAAUAGAUACAGAAAAGACAUACUUCACAAUGAGUAUUUUUAAUGUUUUCCAUUUUUAAAAAAAAAAAAACACCUUUUGAUACAAUCUUGGUCUUUUUGGUCUUUUUUCAAUUUCAGGCAGAGAGGGUUCAGAAUUGUAGCUGAAAGAGGUUAUAAUUUGAGUCUUGUGACUUGUAGCAGUUUCAAGACCAUAUAUAUAAUGUCUUGAGAGUUUGAGAGAAAUCUUAAGUGUACAAGCAUUGCAUAUGGUUUUUAAAGCAUUCUGUUGGGUUUUCUAGGAAUCCUUGCAUAUUGAGAAAGCAUUAUAGACAUAAUUGUUUAACUUAUCAAUAAACAUCUGUUUGUUAAAAAUUGAA